AUGCCGGUCAUUCUACACACCGGUGCUCGUGUCGCACCUGGCGACACCAUCUUCACCUCCCCUGCGGCCGUGACGUCCUCUAACGAUGCCCUCGAAGGAGGCGCUGCGGAGGAGGCGGAGGUUGUGCCGAGAGAGGGUUGUGCGGUGCAGUACGUAGAGCGAUACGUAACGCCAAAAGCGCUAUCCUUGUCGGCGCCGUCGACAGUGGUGGAGCGCUUGAUCGUAGCUACCCGUCACGGUAUCGCGCAGUGGGAUGGACCCCUUGUGUCGGUCUUUCCCCUUACUUCGUCCGGCAGGGCGGAGUACGCGGCAGCGCGCGGCACAGGCGCCCCACCCGGCUCUACGGUCUCGUCUUCGCGGCAUACCGUGCUUGGACCGCGGCCGGGUGACAUAGUGCAUCUCCGCAUCACUCGACUGAAUCGUCUCUUUGCCUUUGGCGAGGUCAUUGCGGUAAACUGGAGGUGGUGUAGCCAUCGCAGCCUCUCCUCCGCGGCAGCCGGCGGCGGCGGCAACAACAGCGGCGUCUUCAAAGGCGUCCUGCGACAGGAGGAUAUCCGACCGUUCAAGCCCUCGAAAGACCAGCUGCUGCCCCCUCCGCCGUCGCUGUCCUUCGGGCCGGGAGAUGUUGUGCUCGCCGAGGUUAUUUCACAGUCCGACGUACACCAAUACCAGCUCAGCACCAUUAGCGAGGGCUGCGGCGUAGUGGAGAGCUUUAUAACUACUAUCGAGGGGCGAUACGGCGGUCAAGAGAAGAUCAAGCUUGAGCAUAUACCCGGGCGUCGCGACGCCAUGAUGAUUCGGAGCACAGGAGAGGUGGUGCCGAGAUGGUGUCCGCUGCUGCCAUAA